GCCGAUGCCGACCCCGACGUACCUUUGCUUAUUACUCAGUAGUAAAGCAUUUAAUCAAAUGUACGAAUGCUGGACUGCCUCGAUAAGAAUGUUGAUGUUCGUGUUGCUGCUCCUCGCCCCUCCUGCCUGGGCCAUAGAGAGCUACCUUGAGAACUAUGGAAACUGCAAACCACUCCCAAAUGAGCUGGCCUGGAUUAAGCCGUCUAAAUUUAUUCUAGGAAAAGGAAUUCUUCAUUUCGGUGACAUUGCGAUGAUGGAACCGGUCGCAAGAAAGCUUAAAAAUGACCAGUGCAUAACUGCGCUGGUGUUCGGGAACAGCGUAAGCUGUGGAGCUACGGUGGGACGAGACCAAGCUUGGCCGCAUCGGCUGUUCGAGGCGCUCAACCGCGUCUUCCCCUGCCGUCUCAACCAGACACACCGUGGAUACCACAAUCUUACGGUGUAUUGUGAGGGUGGGAGAACAAGUGCUUUCUUCAAAGAGUGGCUGCCUGCUGAGUUGUGGGCUUUUAACCAGACAGACCUGUUUUUCGUGGACACGGAUGUCACAGACGGAGCGCUGACGCUCAGCCAGCAGAGAGACGGCUACCACGGCAGCAUCCAGGACCAAAUCCAGUCCGCGGCCGACACCCUCAGCGCUUUGCUGCUUACAAAGCGCCCCUACGACGCACGGCAAUGGAACGGCAAGGCCCUCAUUUGGCUUGCAAGCUCGUCAAUGGGCCUGGUGGGCUAUGACUCGAUCAUCAAUCCGUGGGAUGGGAACAUUACACAGGACCGUUGGAUGGACUGCGUCCCCUGGUACCAACCCAUCAUGCAACACCAUGGCGUGCCGCUGCUGUCGACCAUUGACGCGCUGGGCCCCUUCCGCAGCAACGCCAGCAAGGCUUGGUUCCAUUGGAACUUCCUGCGCGACCAUUGGGACCACCCGGACGUUCCUGGACACGAGUUCAUGACAGAGCUGAUCAUGCACUACAUUAAGACGGUGGUGGCAAGCGUGGACAUGCUGCUGCCCUGGGAGACUGUCCGCGAGCCGUACGAGGUGCGCUCUCCCAUCAAGGCGGAGUACAGCAAUGUGCGCAUGUUCGUGGACGCCAACCCCUUCUUCAUACUGCUUCACCGGCUAGGUGGACAGUACGACAACCCCGGCUUCUUUGAGCACAUGCUGGGUGGCAAGAAGUGCGACGACUGGGCAAUCGGCGAGGCCAAGCCAGGGUUCAUCAGCACCAAGAUCAACGCCACAUGCGGUUGGGUGGUGAAUGCGACGGAGGUCCAGGAGCACGUCAAGUACGGACGGCUGCACAUUAUGGUGAUGAAGUCGUACGAGCAUAUGGGCGUCAUGGGCGUGGAGGUGCGGGCGGUGGGGCAGCCCACGUGCACCAGCGCAACUCUUCCCAUGGAGCCGCGGCUGUUGAACUCGACCAGUGUGGACCUGCUCUGGACCAGUCACUCAUCUAUGGGGCGCACACACCACCUCAACAUUGGGACCGCAUUUCCUCAGGGAGCGUGCCUCUUAAUCAAUGUCACGGUGAUGCCAACUAGCAGGGCAGAAAACAAGGUCAAGCUGCUAGGAUUCACAGUAUUCUGAGUGAUAGAACGGUUGAGUGCGCGAAAGAGAGAUGGGCUGUGCGUGAUCUACUGGCGGGUGGGUACGCUGCCUGUACUGCAUGUAUCCGGAUUGGUUUGACCAAUUAAGGGGAUCGGUAAGCCCAGCUAAGCCAGAUUCUUUCAUGAGGCGGAGUGAGUAGUGGCAGGAUGUCAGCGAUCGGUCGUGUACGGCCGGAAUUUACGCGUGAUGGCAGACGUUCUUGUAACGAGUGGCAGUG